AUGAGCGCUUGUCCUAUCGGUGCGGCGUUCAUAUCCAAAUGGAGAGCUGCUUGUGGGGACAUGGCUGACCCAGACCUGUGGAAGCGGAUAGUUGCACAUUCGGCCCUCCAGCACUUGGCAAACAGCGCCCACAAGAAGAUCUUGAAUCUGCAGGAACUGACUAGCGACGUUGAGGUUGAACGCGACCUUGUGGCUGCGGAGCUGCAGAUCAUGGCGCUGGAAGAGUUGCUAAAGCAGUCACCAAGUCCAGAACGGGACGUUCCCAUGUGUGAGGAACGGCGAGCAGCUAACGGGAGGAAGCGCGCGGCCCUCCCUGCAGCACCACCCCUCGGUCCGAUGCCCGAUGGCACCUUUCGAUCGACGGUGGAUUCAUGGAACCGCAAGCGCGAUCGCAAGUGGGUGGAGAAGAAACUGGGCAUAUCGGAAGAGGGCAAUUCCACAACCGUCUUCGUAAACGAGCUUGACACCUCAGUUGUGAUUGCGAAGGGUUACCGCUUCUUCUUCAGUCCGGACGAGUCAAUAGGCGGCUGCCAAGGUCCAGAUUAUCAUUUCGGCGAUAGGGAGAGGCAGUGGAGGAGUGCUUGGAUCGGAGACUGUGCCUUCUUGUACAGGAAUGAACCUGAAGACAAGAAGGUGUUGCAUUGGCGUUCUCCUCGAAGUGACGAGUACGAUGCCUGCUAUCGGCUCGCCUGCAAGGAGUUCUGCAGAUCACAUUGGUGCAUGGCCAAGACUGUUGCAACGGCAGUUUGGUCAUGUGCAAUUUUUCUGGUCCUGACCUCUCUUUGCUGCUGCGCCGUCGUAGGCUACAAGAUCGGGUCCCAGAUGUCGAACUGGGAUCGGCGCGAGCUAGGCGACAGCAUGAGCAACGUUUGCAGCAGCACAAGCAACGUCUGA